CUGUCGAAACCGGGAAGACUGGAGAGUGGAGUUCGCCUUAAGGAUCGAAGUUCAGCAACCUCUCGGCGAUCGGCGGCGGGACCGUUCCGUUUUGGUCAAGACAAGAACCCUAACGAGCUCGAUACCACCUUCGAUUGGAUUCCUUCCUCUUCCUUCAUUUCUCCUCCUUGCUUGCCUUUAAGCACUAACCUGCGAGAAUCCCAAUUCGAAGCCAAAGUUCUCCCUGUCCAGCGACCGGCAGUGUGACCUCCGAUGAUCAGAUUGAGGUGGUUAAAAUCGUGCCGGCGGCAGUUGCUUUCUUCCAUAGCUCGUCAAGGGAGUUGGGCUGCGAAUGAUUCUUCACCACAGACAGCGGUGUUUCUUGCACGGACCCUGCAGAGCUGCAGCAUUGCUACCAGAAGAUCUGUUGAUCCUGAAACCCCGGAAAGGCAAAUGGGAUACCGUUAUUUUCAUGCCACUGGCACAGGUUGGUCCCCUGAGCGGAGUUACUAUGACAUUCUUGGGGUUUCGGACAAUGCUAGUCGAGACGAGAUUAAGAAGGCCUUUCAUGCGCUUGCCAAGAAGUACCAUCCCGAUGCAAAUAAGAAUAACCCUUCUGCUAAGAGAAAAUUUCAGGAGAUAAGAGAGGCUUAUGAGACUUUGCAAGAUUCUGAAAAAAGAGCGCAGUAUGACAGGAAACGCUCCAGAAGUUCGGCGGAUGUAGAAUUUGAUGAGGGAGAUGCUGAGGCUUUUGCCCGCAAUUAUAGAGCGCAUUUCUCUAGUUCAUUCCAAAAGAUUUUUUCGGAGAUAUUUGAAGACGAGACCGAUCGAUUUGCAUCUGAUAUUCAGGCGGAGCUGUCACUUUCUUUCGUUGAGGCAGCAAAAGGAUGCACAAAGCAUCUGUCUUUUGAAGCCUAUGUGCCAUGUGAUUUAUGUGAUGGGCGUGGCUAUCCAAUUGAUGCCAGGAAAAGAGUAUGUCCAACCUGCAGAGGUUUGGGGAAAGUCACACUUCCUCCCUUUACAUCAACAUGCAGUACCUGCAAAGGCUCAGGGAGAAUCGUUAAGGAGAAUUGUAUGUCAUGCAAGGGGUCCGGACUUGUUGAGGGCAUUAAAGAGGUUAAAGUAACAAUUCCAGCUGGUGUUGAUUCUGGAGACACAAUUCGUGUCCCAGGUGCUGGUAAUGUGGGUACACGAGGGAGUCAGCCUGGCGACUUGUUCAUCAAGUUGAAGGUUGCUGAGGAUCGUAUAUUUAUCAGAGAUGGUGCGGAUGUAUAUGUGGACUCGAGAAUAAGCUUUACACAAGCAAUUCUGGGUGGCAAGGUCGAAGUACCGACUUUGUCAGGGAAGACACAAGUAAAAAUACCAAAUGGAGUUCAGCAUGGACAGCUGCUGGUACUAAGAGGCAAAGGACUUCCGAAGCAUGGCUUUCUUGUCAAUCAUGGAAAUCAGUAUGUGCGAUUUCGGAUUCAUCUUCCUACAGAGCUCAAUGAACGCCAACGCGCUAUAUUAGAGGAAUUCGCGAAGGAGGAAAUCAAUAAUGAGAAAAAUGCCUCUUCUGAAGGAAAAUGGCUUUAUCAGCAGCUAUCUACUGGUUGAACUUACAGGUGGCCCCAACUCCUCGAACAAGUGACGAGCCCUAAGUUCAUGCUCGAGAUGUCUCUCUUCAUUCUCAUCCUCCUGUUGCUCAGGAGAAUGAUGGCUUGAGAUUCAGAAAACACAUUGAAUCCGAGCCAAAGCGGUUUGGUGUCACCAAGUGGUGAUUCGAGGUCUAGUGAUAAUCGCAUAGGAAAGGAUGAAGGAUCCGCUCCACUAUUUCUUGGCACGGGUUCUUUUCGGUGAGAGUGCCCAAUUUUGUCGCGAGAACCAUUGAUAUUCUUCUCCAAUUUAUUGGAAGCAAUUUCCCCCUUUCUGGUCCCACAGCUGCCCAGUUUAAUGGGAUUAGUUAACUUGCAGAGAAAUAAUUUGUAUAGAACGUGUAAUAAUUCCAUUCUGAAAGAAAUAUAUUGCUAUUCAUCUCUCAGUUUUCCGCUGAUUCUUGCC